AUGAGUGCUCAAUUGGCCAAUCUUACCGACAUGAUUUCGAAGAUGUCCAUGUCCCUCUCCAACAACACCAACCAAUCCUCAAGUUCUUCUAACCUUCCAUCCCAACCCCAACCAAACCCAAAGGGCGGUCUCAAUGCCAUCACCCUACAGUCGGGAACCACAUUGGAGGAGAUACCUCCAAGGGUCUUGGAGGACAUUCAUGAGGAAGAAGUAAUUAUUGAAGCUCCACAUAAAAAAGGGGAGGUAGACAAAAGGCAUAAGGAAGAAGAAGUGAACCUCAAGGAACCCAAGAGGAAAGCUCUAGUGGAUGAGUCCAUCCCUAUUCCAUUCCCUUCCAUGGUGAAGAAAGCAAAGAAGACACCGGAAUUUGAUUUGAACAUGCUUCAAGUAUUCGAGAAGGUUGAGGUAACCAUACCACUUCUUGAUGCUAUUCAACAAAUUCCAAAGUAUGCAAAAUUCUUGAAAGACUUAUGCCCACACAAGGAUAGGAUAGGAGAAUUGGAGACAUUAUCCUUGGGUAGUUCAAUUUCUUCCUUGAUGGAACCUAUUCCAAAGAAAUGUGGUGACCCUAGGCCUUGUUUGGUGUCUUGUUGUAUUGGUGGACGCACUUUUCAUGAUUGUAUGUGUGAUCUUGGAGCUUGUGUAAGCAUCAUGCCACUUUCUACCUUUGUGCGGUUGAAUUUAGCUCCAUUAAAGAAGUCGAUGGCGAGGUUUGCCUUGGCCGAUAAAAGUGUGAUCACGGUAACAGGAAUAGCCGAAAAUGUACUUGUGGUGAUCAAGGAUUUGAUCUUUCCAGUUGACUUUUACAUCCUUGAAAUGCCUUCAACAAAAAAUAGAAGCUCAUCCUCCGUUCUACUUGGUAGACCCUUCCUUAAGACCGCUAAAUUCAAGUUAGAUGCCUUCACUGGCACAUAUUCCUUUGAGGUUGGAGACAAGACUAUCAAGUUCAAUUUAGAAGAAGCCAUGAAGCAUCCUCCCGAAGAGUAUUCCAUUCUCCGAUGUGAUGUAAUUGAUGAAGUGGUAGCGGAAGUGCAAGAAGACGACCAUAACAAGUUGUGCUACCACAUUAUUGAAGAGACGGAUGACCAAGAGGUUGAACAUGAGAAAGUUGUUGAGAAUGAACUCCGUGAGCUUGACAAAAAGGAACCUCAGUUUGAGGCAAAGAGCGAAUUGAAGCCUCUCCCAUCUCAUUUGAAGUAUGCUUUCUUAGAGGACAACCAAAAGUUUUCGGUCAUUAUCGCUGUGAGCUUUCUAGUGAAGAAGAAGAAAAGCUCCUAG